UUUAGAGUAAUCCCGUUACGUUCGUCAGUACUAUAACUUUUGUACCCCAGACAAUAGGUGACCUUUUCAUCUGUGCUGUUUGUUGACCAUGUGUGUUACUUACAAUCUCGUAUCUAUAUGCUGACUCUGGACUCAUUGUGUUCUUAUUUGGAUUUAAUCUUAAAUCAGGCGGUGACCAUGGCUUCACGUGAUGGUGUACAUGUCGACCUGAAAGCCGCUAUUCCGAAAGUAAACCUUCCCACGACAGGUGAUAAUUUUGAGGCUUCUCUAGACGACCUUUCUCCGACCUCUAGAGAAAAUCUUAAAAUUCUUCUAAUGGGCAUGAGGGAAGGAGAAGUCAAAUUGAAGAAAUCUACGCAGGGGCGAUUGUCUGUUCACUACGAAGAAAACAACCAGACAUACGGUACAAACGCAAACAGAUUGUGUGCACCGCAAUCAAACGAGUUACGAAGUAAAAAAUUAGAAGACUUUUUUGACCUUAUUGAAUUACUCAAGCAGAAGGAGAAUCCGUCCGGUGUUGUCAUUGACAAAAGUAAGAUUUCAUAUACGCCUGAUUUAAAAUACCGAGAAGGGAAUGAGUUUAGCAAAGUGCAAAAAAUUCUGGGAGUUGGUAACGCUUCGGAAGGUGAUAUAUAUGUGAUUGCGGAUAAAAAACCUGGCGUGAGACAUGCAGUGAAAACAGUUGCGAUUCGCUCGUUUCGGUGUGAUGAAAUAAGGUGCUGGAUGGAUUUGAACGACACGGGUCAUGUUCCCAAACUGUACUUGGUUAAACUGGAAGAGAACACAGUGAAAAUUCACAUGGAGGCCCUGGAGACAGCCAUAACCUUCAGCAAGAUAAUCGAGGAGCACCUAUCAACAUUAGCAAGUCACGAGAAUCUGGCAAAACCUUUCUCAAUGUAUCUCUUAAAAGGGGCUCUAGAAGCCGUCAGCACCAUCCAUAAGAAAGAGUGGGCGCAUAACGAUGUUGGAGGAGGCAACAUAAUGUUAGAAAGCGACAUGAAGAUAAAAAUCAUAGACUUUGGGUCUGCACGUAAAAUUUUGUCCGCCGAUGUUAUGCUGGAAAGAAAAGAAAUUAUACGAAAAAUUCAAGAAGACAUUUUGGGUUUGCUAACAUUAGUCAUCCAACUUUAUACUGGAGAGAGGUACAUAGAUACGGAGGACAUGUUAGAAAAAUACUCGCAAGAAAAACAACAACAUGCUUUGUACCCACGAUUUAAUGGAGCAGACCGCACCGAAAUGGCUGAAUUCGUAGACUUAGUUAUGGAGAUUGUUCAUCCUGACAAAGUGGAAAAAUUAAAGGCGCUUGUUGAACAGAAGCUUGGACAAGCGCUUAACGAAUUGGGCCUUCCAUUAGCCUUGAUGCUGACAAAGGUGACUGAGAUAUUAUUCCCUGAAAUAGUUGUUGACAUCCAUGGGAGGGCCAAUCUUCAAGAACAGAACUAUGCCGGAGAAAGUAUGGGUGCCUCUUCAGAACCAAGUUUUCUUAAUGUAGACGCCAUCAUUACCAUGGAGAAACUCGACCAAAUCCAGAAAACAUUUAGCAACACGCUUGCCAUGGAAUAGAGUGUUUUAUCUGAGUACCAUAGCAUCAGCAAUAAAACACAAUUAUCUUAGAAAGUAUUACUUUCUUCGUGUAUUAACAGCUUACAAACGUUUUGUUGUAUUACGAUUCAAUGUGAUGACAGUGAAUUAUGCGUCUAUGAUCUCAUUACGUGGAAUGAUUUCUCGUUUGUGCUUGUUUGUUAAGUACAUUGUGUAAAUUGUCACCGUAACGUGAUGUAAACACCGAUGGAGGCAAAUAAAUGUUACAGCAUUUCAAUAAAUGCAGUGUCUCUCGGUUUCCGUUCUUGUAAACUACAUAGGUGGCGGACCGAACCGAUUUGUACAACUUUAAACAAUGAUUGCCAACUAUCGUUCCUGUGAAGUCUAGUGAAAAUUCUCGUAACAAGACGUCUUCUGAAGCAAAUUGUAGACGAAACAUAACAAAAAGGGACGAACCCUCAUCUGAACCAUUUACCAUAUACAGGCCUAUUCAUAAAGUGCUACGUGUCCUUUCGAGUUUGGUGAACAGAAGCGUGUGAACUUAUAUCCACACAUCCGUUUUGGAUUUUUACUAGACCUUUGAUAAAUUAUUGUUUAUGUUUGUCUUAAGACAUCUACCAAGAACAUGAACAUGAUAUCGAGUAAAGAUGUAAUCCAGUGAGUGUACUGAAAAAGCAAGCUCGUGAGAAACUUAGACGUCGGGCGAGAUAUUUACGCCACAUUUAAUACAUUAUACAACUAAAAUCCAAUAUGCAUCAUUUUAUGAUCAAUUAUUGAGUUAAGACAUCGUUUAAGGCUUCUUUCGCUUAGGUGUCAUUACCUAAACUAAACAUAAGACGUUCGAUAAGACAAGGGACUUGCCAAUUUCCUCUGAAGUUGUUUGUUCACUUAUGGUACAUGAAAUGGAAAUACUUAUAUAUUGAUUUUUUAUUUCGAUCGUUUAUUAACAAUUUUGUGAACACAAUUACUUUAAUAUUGAUCUUUUUAUGCCCCCUUCUUCCAAGAAGAAGGGGUAUAUAGUGUUUGGCCUGUCUGAUAUUCUGCACCAAAACGUUAACCUUAGUCAGAAUUAUUUUCAGAUUUAGAUCUAUUUUAAUAAACAUAUAUAUUGUU